ACCAAUUCAGCGAGAGAUUUCAACUAGCCCUGCUUGUCUCGUCAGUUCACUUUUACGAUAGUGUUCACAUAUACACACAUACAAACGAGAGCAAUCAAAGGUAACUACCGCGAUUAUCCCAUUGCGAGGUGUCUAUCGUUUUUGUCUGGUUAAUCGCGACAAAGAUAGAGGAAAAUAUGGAGCAGCUCUUCCUCAAUCAGUAAAGCAGAUUCAACCAGUUCUGAUGCGAGUAUCGAUGCACUUCUUCCCGCGUACAACGAUUCAAUUUAACAAGUUGCAGCCCUGUUCUCCGAUAAAGUUCGUCGGAUCGCCACGAGAGCGCGCCAACUGCGACUCAAUAAAAUCCAAAGAGCGCCGGACGGGCGGUGUUCCGCGAUGCGUGAUGAGUUUGACAGCUCCCGCGUACUGAGCGUUGUUUAAAAGUAUAAGAAAAAAAAGAGAAGAUCGAUCGAGAGAUGCGGCUAAGAAAAAGUCCUUAACACGUUUCCGUAUGCAUCCAUGGGAGAUUGUCUAAUAUGGGAGAAUGGUUGGUCACAGAAUUAUCACGCUGAUACUCUUUCUGGCAGCAUGGCACAAAGCAACAACUUUAGUGCCAGUAAGAUCUGUGGCUGUAGAUAUAGGUCAGAACUUGACAUUAGCAUGUGCAGAAGAAGAUGCACUGCCACAGGCAGGAGAAUCUGUUGGAGUGAUGUGGAUAAGGGAGGGACGGGAAGAUGGACAAAUUGAAAGACUAAAAGUUGAGCCUAAUGGAGCUUUACAACUUAUUAAUGUUAGUGCGGAUGAUGCUGGGAAUUAUUCAUGCACCUUAGAUGAUGAUCAUGAUGCUGUCAAAACUAGAAUCAAUGUACAAGUUAAAACUCCUCCUCCAGCUUUACACAAUGUAUGGGUCAAACCAUCAACAAUAUUGGCAAAUAUUCUUUGGGAAGUAGCUGACACAGGUGGUUAUCCUAUCAUAGAUUUCACUGCCGAAUAUCGUCUUAAACCGAAUGCAGGUGAAGAACCAGAAGACUGGAAGCCUAUUGUUCCAACGCACAUUCCUCCAAAUUCUAGGCAAAUUGAUGUGUAUCACUUGGUGCCAAACACUACUUAUUCAUUUCGUGUCUGGGCAACAAAUCAACUGGGAAAAGGGGAAAUUGUUGAAGUUGAAGGUCAUACUCAUCACAGUAUUGAAGAAUUAGAACUUGCAAGACAUCUCUUAGCAGGUGUAGAAAAUUUUGACACUCGUGUCUGGGUGGCAGCAGUAGGCAUAGUUAUGGGUACACUUAUGAUUCUUGGUAUAGCGCAGCUGGAGGAGCAGGAAGUGAUUGAACUUGUACCUAAUAUCAUUCUGAAUCCAGGAUUUUUCGACGAAAGAACAGAACACAUUCCACAAGAUGAAAAUUUCAAUAAUCAGACCACUACACGCUUAAACAAUAAUAGCGUUGUGCAACCCAUGCGACUUUAGCAAUUAACUAUUUAGAUUUCUGUGGCUAAUUUUUAUGAACAAGUGGCUUGAGCACACAUUUAUGUGUCACCUUAAACGUAAGUAACUGGAAUUACAAGAGGCCUCAAAUUCGCCAAGUAUCGCAAUGCAUAGAAUCAGAGGCGAUGAAGAUUAUAAUCAUCGCGAAAAUGGAAAUUUAUGUUUAUAGACAGAAAAUUGAGAAAUGCAUCAUACAUUCCGAAUAUUCUAAGGAAAUAAAUUUUUCACUUACAAUGUAAAGUGUUCAAAGCAUAUGUAAGACUCUGCUAGGUUUUGUGAAAUCGAGUAGCACAUUUUUGAGAAUAUUUACCAGGAUGUUCUAACAAUUAAAAUUCGAUGUUGUUGCUCAGUUAUCGAGCUUAAAGUCAAGAACUCCUGUAAGCGGAAAAAAGAAUAUUCUUAGUAAGACUGUAAUUCUAAGAACAAAAGACAAAAUUUUGAAGAAACUGAAAUCAUACAUUAUUAUUAAGCGGCAAAUAUUUGUCUUAGGUUCUGCAUGAACACAUGUUUUUUACGCAAUUAUUUUUAAUCAUUAUUAUUGAACAGAAAUGAGAUUUUAACGGACAAUAUCAUGCAGAAAAUAAGACUUUUGCCAAUAACAUACAUCAUCAGAUUUUGUCAAACACGAGGUAUGAUAAAGGCUUGCUUACUGCCGUUUUAAGGUGUGCAGAAGUCGUUGGUAAAAAAGUUCCUUUUUUGUGUCUUUAUAAAAAUUAUUGUUUUUUUAUUUAUUGUUAUAAGAAUGCACUUAUUUUUUUAGAAAAUAUUUUGGUAAUGCUUUCUUCCAAAGAAAUUAACGUAAUAGAAGUCAAUGCACCACAUGCUCUUUCUGGAAAAAUCCUGUGAAUCAGAGAGUGUACAAACCAUAGUAUUCUAAUUAUAAAACUAAUUCUACUCUGUUAAUGUUAUUUCUAGUAAUAUUAUAUUCUUCAUUUUUAACUUUGCAUGUAAUCAUUCAAAUAUGUCUAAUGCUUCAAUAUGCUUUUGCACUACCUUAAUAACAAAUGCAAUAUUCACUGCUAUUGAAUUAUAAAAAGCUAUGAAAUCAGAUUUCAUCGAAAAUAAAUAUGAAAUAGCACAAUUUAAUGAACAAUGAGUUUCCGUACGUGAAUUUUCUAGAAAAAUAAAAAAAUAUAAAUAUUUAUUGAAUUUUCAUAAUAUUCAGCACAUAAAAAUUAUUCAUAAUCAUCACGGAUUUGGUUAAAUUCAUUCCAUUUAGAUUAGUGAUAAAUAUAGAACAAGAGUAGAAUAAGUUAAAAUAUUUUGGAUAUCACCUUUGAUAGAAUCAAGUUUGAUAAUCGAUCGUUAAAACAGAUCUUUUCCAGAUAUUCAUUUUUAAAUAUCGUCUCAAAUUGCAUAUAAAAUUUAACUUAGUCAAUCAAUAAAGGUUGAUGGUUUUGAUAAAAGUUCUUCCUGUACAAACAAAUAUAUAGUUAUUUUCCACAAUUUACACGUAGUAUCAUAUCAGAAUUUGUCAUGUAAAAUACAUUAUCAAGAUUGUAAUAGUGAGUGCUUAGUGUUGAGGCUUUCCUUAGGAAAAAAUAAAGAAACAAAACACGUUUAUUUUUACAUUAAUUUUGAAUUUUUUGGAUGAAACGUUUCUCAGGAAAGAAACCAAUAUAUUCAUUUAUUUUUAUUAUAUUUUGUUAAUUAUUUUGGUUAGGGCACCUUAAGUAAUGAAUAUGGAAAUGGUUGUGGAAAUUGAUUCUCGUGUAUUAGUCUUUCAUUGUUCAGUGUUACUAGUAAAGCUCAUAACGUAAGAAACAUAAUACCUUAAUGAUUCUACUUAAAACAAUUAUAUAAGUUAAAUAUUGCUUUUGUCAAUAUAAAAAUCUGACAAGAAGCAAUUUGGUGCACGCAGGUUGUAUAAAUAUUGGUUGUGCGUUGUUACAUUGAAGCUUUAUGAUCUGUUCUUCCCUACAGUGUAAUCUUAUAGGGGUGAACAGAUUCAAUUCGGCUUCGUACUAUGCACUCUGUGUUGUGAAUGGUAUAUAUAUGCGCUAAUGAAAAAAUAAUAUGAUAACAAUAAUGAUAACAAUAUAAAUAUAUAUAUAUAUAUA